AUGUACCAGUCCGCCUUCGUGCCGCGGGAGUUCUGCCCGGCCGUCGUCCCGCCGCCCGCCUACACCUACCUGCCCCUACGGGCGGGGAGAGCAGAAGAGGCCGCCAGCUCCGUGAUGUUCCCCCCCAUCCACAUGCACAACUUCUACAGCCGCCCCAUCACCUUCGUGGUGGACAGGAACGGCUACCCUGACUAUGCGGGAGGCCAGGUGGAGUAUCAUCACCUCUACGGUGCCUCCCACCCCUACUUCCCCCCGUACUACGCCUGGCACUUCCCCCCUGUGCUCCCCAUCCCUCUGUACAACCCCUAUCCAAGCUACAGUCCCUACGCCGCCUACCAGAGGGCGGAUCAGUAUCGAGACACGUGGCCGGAAGGCUUCACGAUGAGAGGGGAGCUUCAGUGGGGGAAGCUUGGGAAGGUGUUUGGGCCGAGGAAAGAGCUCCCAGAAUUUGUGAAGGAUGAUCUGCGGAGGGUUUAUGGCACCUACCCACGGACCAGCGUCUCCAUAACCUACCGGAAAGGGGAGUUCUUGGUCAAGGGAGACCCCAAGGUAGGAGAGCAGGAAUAUACGGUGGAAAAAAAGGUCAUCCAGAGGGCCCUGACCCCCAGCGCCAGCGAGGCGGACGACAGCAGCGAGGACCGGAAUCGGAAGAAGAAAAAGAAACCGCGACACUGAUGCGGCCUGUCGCCCCAGGGACAGAUGCUCCGGAGCCCCCGUGGGAGCCAGCUGGCAGCAGCUCUCGGUGCAGCCGGGAAGUAGCGCAAGCAACGGGUGCCCCCACUGGCUCCUAACUGCUCCCCCUCCUCCACGAGCUUGCGGCAGCUUCACCCCGUCUGAUGCACGACGCCCGUCCUGUGAAGAAACCACCUGGCACUUGACUCUCUGUCGGGCCGGCUCUUCGGUCCCGGUUUUGUAACGAACAUUUUGCUUCCCACUGGUUUGGUUGAGUGGUCACGGUCUGGUGAGGGCAUCCCCAGGCAGCAGCCCUUGCCCAGAAGCUGGGCCUCUUCCCACCCUGUCCGAGGGAGGUUCCUGGAAGCCGGGUCCCUUCCUGGCACUCAUCUGAGGAGAUGGAAUCUGGAUUUCCUCCAAGUCGGAGGCAGCGCAGGUCCAGAGGGGAGAGCAGUUCUUAGGCACUGUAAAGAGCAAUUGUCUGCACAUCUCGUCACUGGUUUAUGGCCACACCGCUGUGCUUACUCACGGUGUGACGCCUCCGCGCGGCACUUCCCUACACGCUGGCAGAAGAUCUCGGUGUCCCCAUCCCCUUACACUUGGUGACCUGGUGCUCGUUUCUCCUGGCCGUGUGUCCUCGCUGAAAUUGCUGCUGGA